AUGCCGCCGAGGUCGCCGCCGUGCCGAGGCGCUGUGGUGCUCUCGGCGGAUGUAGGUGAGGCUGCUGCGAUCCUCUCGACCGCUGCAGAUGAGGGCGAGGGCUCUCAGACAGGCGCUGCCCCGUCCCACCACAUCCAAAACAAGUCCUCGCAAACGGCCGCUGGGUGGCGCGGACGUGCUGGGCCGCCUGGUGCUCUAGCAGUGGGUGGCUCCUGUACCUCUGUGGUCGCCGCGCCGCUGGGAGCUACCGGGAGGGGGUCUCGCCUCUUCGACCCCUCCUCUCGAUCUCUCUUCUUUCCUGAGCACGUUCGACAGCAGCAUGCAUUAGAGUUUGAGACUCUGGUCCAAGGAGACAUGUCUGUGUCACAGUAUGAGGUGCGUUUCUUCGAGCUAUCGACGUUCACUACGUAUGUUAUCGUUUAUGAGGGGCUGAAGGCCCGCAGUUUUAAGAACAGCUUGCUUCCGACGUUUGAGCAGAUUGUACAAAGGGCCCAGGUCUAUGAGCAGCAGAAGCAGCAGAUCAGGCUGUCACAGCAGCAACAGCAACAGCAAAGACCUCAGAAGGGACAUGCACCUCCCCAGCAGGCUCAAGGCAGAUUUCAUGCCGCCUAA